AAAAAAAAAACUAGCACAAAAUUCCUAAACCCUUUACCUCGCCCACUAAACUAAACCGCUUGCGAAACCCUGAACUGGACUUCCUAGCUCCCGUUCACCCCAUUUUUGCCCUCUGCCCCGCCGCGCCGCCGCCUGUAGAGUAAAUCAAGGAAACGGGAACAAAAGGAUGGCGAAAGGAGACGAUGCUGUGGCGAGGAAGAAGAACAAAUCUAGAAGGAAGAAGAUGAACAGUGACACUUCUUCUUCAGCUGUAUCAGUUCGUGUUGCUUCCAUUAUUGCCGCCAAAAAACGUCGGCUCUCCGGGAAGCGACGCCAGUGUCAGGGAAUGUGUUUUAGUCUUCCAACUCCAGAUGACCCCUUCAAUGACAGGAGUGGCAAAACUGAUUUCUCAAAGAAGGAUUCUAAAAAGACCCAAGUGAAAGAGAAGAAAGCUGUAAAACAGAAGAGUGCUCUAUCAAAUGGAGAAUCUAGGGGGAAGAGUGAGGGGAAAUUGGGGUUUCCGGAAAAGAGAGCUUUGAAUAAUGAUGAAAGCACAACCAUUCAUCUGGAGAAACAUGCUAGCAAAAGCAAUCAUCAAAGGCAGGCCGGUGGGAACUCAGGUUGCCCAUCCAAGUUCCUUCUAUUGUGCUUAAAUGCCAUAGAAAGUGCAUUGCGCCUAGAGGGUCUAUAUGGCAAGGAGGAGGACAAGCCUUUGUUUGUUGAUCCAUGGGGAGUUGAGUUUCUGAAAUGUUAUGCUGGUGGGAAAGACAUAAUGGAGACAAGUGGCUCUUCUUGUACUAUUGAGCAAAUGGCCUGGAUGGUUUCGAUUGCUGCCGAUUCCAUCACUAGAAAGGAAAAGGAAGGACUGUCAUUCACAGGCCCAUUUCUUCUUUUCCUUGUGUCAUCCCAGGAAAAGGCCAUACAGGUACGAUCUGUCUGCAAGCCUCUGAAACCACUUGGCAUUCAUACAGUCAGCUUACAUCCUGGUGCAUCCCUUGAACACCAGAUGAAUGGUUUGAAGAGUUGUGAACCUGAGUUUCUUGUAUCUACGCCUGAGAGACUCCUGGAGCUUGUUUCCUUGAAGGCUAUCAACAUAUCUGACGUCUCCUUUCUGGUUGUUGAUGAACUAGAACCACUUUCCAAAGAUGGAAGCCUCGAUGCUCUAAAUUCUAUCAGGCAAUCAAUUUCUGGAAGUUCUCGUGUUGUGGUGUUCGGCAAUCAUAAUUCCUCCCCAGCCAUUCAAAAGCUUCUCCCUGGACCAGUUUCUAGACUGUCUCUUGAUCAAUCUGUCCGCCAUCAGAGUGCACACAUCGGGCAGAAGAUAAAUGUUUGCCCUUCUGCACCAGAAAAAAUUCUGAAGAUGCUUGACUCAAGAAGACACGCUACGUUCUGCGCACCUUCCUGAAAUUCUUUUGCAAUGUAGACAACCAGUGCCUGAAGCCUUGCGAGACUUGUAACUACCAUCAUCUACAUCGCCAUAAUGCGGAGGGGUUCGUUUCAAUCACAUUUACUCUCCCAUUCUUUCGCCCAUAAAGAUACCUCCUCCAAGGCAGCAAUGGCAAAAAACAGCUAGUCUGCUGGAAGGCACUAGUGCCAUGGAACGAAAGAAACAAGAACGGUAGAGCCGGAUACCCUAAUUACGCUGAAGGGUUUCCAUCAGAAGCUUCCUCAGGUGGCUGGAGCAGCAAUGGUUAGCAGUGUGGAAAAACAGAGACAACCUCAUGUACUUGUGUGGGGAGCAUUCUUGGUGAAAAGCAACUGUUUUUUUGUGGGGGUACGAGAACCCUGCCGUUGUUGGUGUAACAAGAAGAGACCUCCAUUAUUUCUUUCUUGCUGCAAACUUCGGAUAUGGAAUUUUGCAAAUGUCUGGUAUAUGAUCUGGAACCAGAAGAUUAUUAUAAUUGCUUUGUUAUCAUUGUUUUGACCAAGUUGCAACUGUGGAA